AUGGAGAUUUGGGUGUAUAAAUACAGGGCGGAGGCAGAGGAGAAGGCAGCUCAGAUUCAACUGGCUCUUCAUACCGAGCAGGAACGCUCUGACUCUACAGCUAUGGCACCCACUGUUUUUGGACAAGCAAGCUUUCCUAAGGAUCACCUGACUCCUGCUCAUAAGCUGAGAAAGCCAAUGGUGGAGAAACUGCGCAGAGACCGCAUCAACACCAGCAUCGAGCAGCUGAAGUCCCUGCUGGGCCCCGAGUUCCUCAGGCAGCAGCCUGACUCCAAGCAGGAGAAGGCAGACAUCUUGGAGAUGGCCGUGUCCUAUCUGAGAGGCUGGCAGCAGCAGAAGCAGCAGCAGCAGCAGCAGGCCAGCGUGGCCUCCGCCUUGAUGACGGCCGGUGACGGCUACUCCCGCUGCGUGCAAGAGGCCGUGAGCUUCCUGUCCCACUGUGAGGUCCAGACCCAGGCCCACAGACGGCUGCUCAGCCACUUCCAGGGUCUGCAGGCGUCCAGCAGGACCAGCCACAGUCCCUCCACCCUCUCCCCUCCUGGCUCUCCCCUCCAUCAGGUCAGCUCCAGCAAGGGCGUGAGCCAGGCCAGCGGUGCUCUGUGGAGGCCCUGGUAGGAUGGAGGCAGCGUCAGCUCUGCACAGAGAGAACGAGAAC